AUGGACCAGUUGACUUCACUAAACAAACUGGACAUCUUCACCAAGAUUGACCCGAGCUUUACGCGCACCUCCUCUGCCGGCGGCACUGUCUCCCUGCUCACCUACAUUCUCAUCGUCCUGCUCCUCUUUGGUGAGAUUGCCAAUUACCUCAACCCAGAAAUUGAGUACCACUACUCGGUGGACACGGAGUUUGACAAACUUCUGGACAUCAACGUGGACAUCACCGUGGCGACGCCAUGCUCCAACAUUGGCGCCGAUGUGAUGGACGCAACGAACAAGCAGAGCCUCUACACCUACGGCCGACUGGAGGAGACGGAGGUGAACUUUGGCCUGAACGAGGAGCAGCAACGCCGCUGGGACCGCCUCCGCUCCUACAACGCCUUCCUCCGUGCCGAGCACCACAACGUCCACACGAUGCUCUGGAAGCCCGGCUACCUGCAGACCGUCUACGGUGCUGGUGAUGGCCAGAAAGGCCCUCACCAUCACCAUCACGACCUGACCUCGGUGCACCUUUUUCCCGACAUGGACUCGAACGUUGGUGGUGGCGGCAGCGAUUCGUGCCGCUUCUCGGGCACCAUCUCCGUGAACAAGGUGGCGGGCAACCUGCACAUCUCCGCGGGCAAGUACCUUCCGCUGCCCAUUGGCCACGCACACGUCUCGCUGCUCGGCGGUGGAG